AUGACACAAACAGUUUUCGUUGCGAUGUCUUCCGGUACACUACGUAUAGUACAAAUUUUAUUGCUCUGCGCAUGCGGCGCUUUUGCAGCCAGUGAUGUCGAUUGGUGGGAAUCGGCUACGCUCUAUCAAAUCUAUCCACGCUCGUUUAUGGAUAGUGAUGGUGACGGCGUGGGCGAUUUGAAUGGCAUUACCUCACGGCUGCCAUUCCUCAAGGAAAUAGGCGUGACCGCCACUUGGCUGUCGCCCAUCUACGAGUCACCGAUGGCCGAUAUGGGUUACGAUAUAAUCAAUUUCACAAAAAUUGAGCCACUCUUUGGCACGAUGGAGGAUUUCGAUGCUAUGGUGGCGAAAGCGCAUGAGUUAGGCUUGAAAAUUAUUCUAGAUUUUGUGCCAAACCAUUCGAGUGACGAGUGUGAGUGGUUUCAAAAGUCUAUAAGACGUGAGGAUGGUUACGAUGACUUCUACAUAUGGGACGAUGGUAAGAUAGAUCCACAAACGGGUGAACGCGUACCACCAAGCAAUUGGAAUUCGGAGUUCAAUGGCCCGGCAUGGACUUGGAACGAGCAGCGCCAGCAGUACUAUUUUCACUGGUUUCUAUCUAAGCAACCGGAUUUUAAUCUCAGAAGUCCAAUGGUGCACCAACAUUUAAUCGAGAUCAUGAAAUUUUGGCUGGAACGCGGUGUGGACGCUUUUCGUAUCGAUGCGGUGCCACACUUUUUUGAAAAGCGUUUUGACAAUGGCACAUACCCAGACGAGCCACCUAGUGGGAUGACCAAUGACACAAAUAGUAACAGGUAUUACGACCACAUUUACACAAAGGAUCAGCCUGAGAAUCCCACGAUAUUGUAUGAAUGGCGAGAAUUUUUAGACGAGUACCAGCGUCAACAUGGUGGCGACACACGCGCUAUGGUGGCGGAAGCUUAUGCAAGUGUCAAUAUUUUAAGCGACUAUAUCAACAACGGCACCCACGUCGGUACUCAACUGCCCAUGAAUUUUAACUUUGUAUUUUUAAGAAACACUGCGUCGGCGAGGAUGGUUCAACUACUUGCUGACAAUUGGAUGAAUGUAAUGUGGACCAAACAUAAGGUAGCCAACUGGGUUGUCGGCAAUCAUGACAACAGCCGGCCGGCGACGCGCAUUGGCGAACAACGCGCUGAUAUGAUGACGAUUAUAGCACACGCUAUGCCUGGCACAUCCGUUACUUACUAUGGUGAUGAAAUCGGCAUGACUGACUAUGAUGCGGAAUGCACAUGGGCCAGUUGCGACUUCCGUGACCCCGAGCGCACGCCAAUGCAGUGGGAUUCUACGACAAAUGCCGGUUUCAGCAAAGGCAACUCAACUUGGUUGCCCGUCAACUCAAAUUACAAAACGCUCAAUGUACAGCGACAGCGAGGCAUUGCACGUAGCACACUGAAUAUAUACAAGGCCAUGACAGCCCUUAAGAAAACGAUUGCUUUCAAAUCGUUCAAGGAAGAGGGCGGUUUCUCGUAUGAGGCUUUGUCAGAGCAAGUCUUUCAAAUUAUCAGAACUGCUCCGAAUAUUGAGGAGUAUCGUGUACUUGCCAACUUCGGCGGUCAGAUGGAAUAUUUAGAUGGUUUGACGAACAAAACUAUGGAGUAUGUCGUGCUUAACUCUUACUCGCCGCACAGAUACGGUGAUAAAGUGGAUUUGAGCAAACGAAUUUAUCUAAUGCCCUAUGAAGCAGUGGUCCUGCGUUGGGUUGCCUGAAGUAUUUAUAAGAAUUUAUUUAAUUUCAACAAAUCCUCAUACAUGUAUAUCACUAGAUUUUAUAAGCUAUUUUUCUAAAUAAAUUUAUUACUAUUUACAAAUUUA